UCCGUUCUAAAUACUACAGAUCAAUGACAGACUCUUUUAGUAUCUUCGGUCUUUUUGUUUUCGUGCGAAGUGAAUAUGUCAAAGAUUGAGGCGAUGUAUAGUUAGUAUUAAAUUGAAAGUAAUUAUAAUUGCAUAUUAUAAGUGUGAAUAUCGAUGUAGCAUUAUGAAUUAUUAAUAACCAGCUGGUCAUAGUUGGAAUCACGAUAUGGCAUCUCGCAGAUGGUUUCAUCCGAAUAUAUCGGGUUUAGAAGCAGAACGUUUAUUAAUGGAACGGGGUUAUGAUAGUUCAUUUUUGGCACGUCCAAGUUCAUCUAAUCCUGGUGACUUUACAUUAUCUGUUAGACGGAAUGGUGAAGUAACUCAUAUUAAAAUACAAAAUACAGGCGAUUUCUAUGAUCUUUACGGUGGUGAAAAAUUUGCAACGUUAUCAGAACUUGUACAGUUUUACAUGGAAAAUGGAGGACAAUUGCGCGAAAAAAAUGGAGAAAUUAUUGAAUUGAAAUAUCCACUGAAUUGUGCAGAUCCAACGACUGAAAGGUGGUUCCAUGGCCAUUUAUCAGCUAAAGAAGCAGAACGUUUAAUGUUGGAGCGAGGUAAAAAUGGAUCUUUUCUGGUUCGUGAAUCCCAGAGUAAACCUGGUGACUUUGUAUUAUCUGUUCGCACAGAUGAUCGUGUUACACAUGUUAUAAUACGAUCUCAGGAUAAUAAAUAUGAUGUUGGCGGAGGUGAUAAAUUUGAUAGCUUAACUGAUUUAAUAGAACAUUAUAAACGCAAUCCAAUGGUUGAAACAAGUGGAAGUGUUGUUCAUUUACGACAACCUUUCAAUGCUACUCGUAUAAAUGCUAGUGGUAUUGAAAGUAGAGUAAGACAAUUACAUAAAGAAAAUGGUUGUUCAAAUGGAUGGUUGUGGAAUGGAGCCACAGGUAGUAAUGAAGGCGGAGUAGGGCGUGGUAAAGGAAAAGCCGGUUUUUGGGAAGAAUUUGAGUCACUACAACAGUUAGAAUGUCGUCAUUUGUUUUCUAGAAAAGAAGGAUUGCGUCCUGAAAAUCGAGCAAAGAAUCGAUAUAAAAAUAUUUUACCAUUUGAUCAUACAAGAGUACGUUUGAAAGAUGUAGACCCAAAUAUUCCUGGAUCUGACUAUAUUAAUGCUAAUUAUAUUAAGAAUGAAGAAGGAGAUGGACAAGCUAGUGGAAUUAACACUUGCGGUGAUGGUGGUUCAUUUAAUAAAUGUUAUAUUGCAACACAAGGUUGCCUCCCAAAUACAAUUCAAGAUUUUUGGCAUAUGGUAUAUCAAGAAAAUACUCGAGUGAUAGUUAUGACCACUAAAGAAAUGGAAAGAGGAAAGAAUAAAUGUGCUCGCUAUUGGCCAGAAGAAGGUGACAUUACCGAAUAUGGAGGUGAAUGGAAAGUGCGUGCUUUAUCUCGUACUUCUACGGCAGACUAUACAUUGCGAGAAUUCUUAUUAAACGGAAAUAAGUCAGGUUUUACAGAAUCUAGACGGAUUUACCAUUAUCAUUUUCAAGCAUGGCCUGAUCAUGGUGUUCCGUCUGAUCCUGGGUGUGUAUUAAAUUUCCUUCACGAUGUUAAUGCGAGACAAGAGUCAAUUGCUGCUUCUCUUGUUUCAAACGGUCAAAACACAUCAAGCAUAGGGCCAAUUCUUGUACAUUGUAGUGCUGGAAUUGGUAGAACCGGAACAUUUAUUGUUAUCGAUAUGAUUCUUGAUCAAAUUAAGCGUCAUGGAUUGGAUUGUGAAAUUGAUAUUCAGAGAACAAUUCAAAGAGUACGUUCACAAAGAUCAGGAAUGGUUCAAACAGAAGCACAAUAUAAGUUUGUUUAUUUGGCCGUAUUACACUAUAUUGAAACUGUAUCUCAGCGGAUGCAAGCAGAGCAAAAAUCUCUACAUUUAGGUCGAGAAUAUACUAACAUACGAUAUAAAAGUGAAACAAAUGCUACAACUAUGGGCGAUAUUUCGGUCCCUACAUGUGCUGCGACAACUCUUUCAACAUCAGCACAUUUUACAUUAGCCACUCCUAUCAGUAAUUUAAGGCCAAAGUAAUAUUAAUGUCAUCAAAUAACGAAAUUUUUUAAAAGCAAAGAAGAGGCUUUGUUACUCUUACCAUAUGUGGUUCUGAGCUUUCGAUAUUAUCGAUAUACCUAUUCUAUAAAAAUUUAAUUUUCAAAUUGGUUAUUUCAAAUAUUUGUUAUCAUAAUGCGUUCAAAUCCAAUUUACAUACCGCAUGUAUUUAUUUACGUAUGCACGUGAACAUACAAAAUAUGUAGAAAUUAUAUCACUUGGCACUUGAACUGUUGAUUAAAAAUAAGCGAUAGCGUGUUAGAAUAUAUUAUAGAAAAACUGAUAAUUUUUUUUUUGCAAUUUUAAUCACAGUACUAGAACACAGAAAAAGAAUUUAGAAUGCAAAGUCUCAAUAGUAAUUACGUUAAGUGUAAUCGAAGUAUAAUUGCUUUCAUAUUAUUUCGCUAUCUAUAUUUCAACCAUUUAUCUUUUUAAGGUUAUCAUUUUUUAUGUUUAUUUUCCAGGUUUAUUAUCAUAUCUUUUCUUAAAAUUUCGAUAUUUUUUUCAUAUAUAACAUUUUAAACAUUUUUCUAAGUUUCAGGUGUAAUAUAUAUUGUGCCUCAAAAUAUAUUAACAUUUGUUUUCAUUGUGAUUAUAUAAUUGUACAAAUUAUCUAGUAAUAUUUAGGACUGAUCUUUUUUACAUAGAAUUUUUUUUUAAUAUCUAUUCAAAGAUUAUAAAUGAGAAAUAUUUAUUAUUUGUAAACUUUGUUAUAUUACAAGGCAGAACACACAAAGAUGAUAUAUUCAGUUUUAUGUAUAUCACAAAAUGUGUCAAUUUUUUUAUUGCAAUUAAAAUGUUACUUGUA